AUGUCCGACGACGACGACGGCGACGACGACCGCGAUGUGCUCGACGUCCGCGCCGCGGCGUCGGGCGCGUCGGCGUUCGAGCGCCUGCGAACGCGGGCGCGGACGAACCCGGCGCGACGGACGAUCGAGGCGACGUGCGACGCGGUCGAGCGCUCGCUCGCGGCGCGCGGGACCGCCGUGAGCGCCCCGUCGCGAUUCGCGGCGUCGUUCGGGGCGCUGGAGCUGGCGACGAUGGAGGCGACGAGUGAUGCGGGAUCGAGGGAGGCGUUGCGGGCGGUGUGCGAAUGCGCGCGGGCGUGCGCGAGCGACGCGGAGGAUCGAGUGAUCCGGGCGAAGGCGUCGAGGGUGAUGGAGAUCGUCCUGGCGUGUGGGAAGGCGUGCUCGGAGCGCGUGCCGCAGGCGAUGCGGCACGUGUGCGGAUUGUUGGGACGCGUCGCGGAGAGCGCGCGUUCGGGCGCGAGCGAACGAGAGGGAAAGCGCGCGGCGAAAGCGCUGUUGAAUCUGACGAUUGAUAAGCGGCCAAAGGUGCGGAAGGCGGCGGUGGAGGCGUUGAGGGAUGUCGUGAGAUCAACUCGAGGGAGCGCGGAGGACGGUGUGCGGUUGGGUGAGACGUACGGGGAGCUAUUUGCGCAGUUUGCGAGAGCCAUCGGUGAGGCGCCGGAGAAAGCGGCGCGCGAGAUGCAGGCGGCGCGAGGCGCGGCGGGAGCGAAAGAAGCUCGCGCUCGCGCGGAAGCAACGGCGACAGAGGCACUGUACAUGCUCGGUGCCAUGAAGUCUUUACUCCCGGAGCUCUCUGAGCCCGCGUGCGGGGCGUGCGCCGAUGCGUGCGCCGGUUUGUUGGAUUUGGAUGAACCUCUGCUCACGCAGCACGCCACGGAGGCACUCACCGCUCUUGCCAACGCGUCACCGAGCGAUGAAAACGACGGUGCGAACGCGGACACCCUCGGGGGCUUGUUACGACCGGUCGCUUCGGCGGCGACGGCCAAUCUGAGCACCGCGCCAACGACGGUGAUUUCCCUUGUGCGCCUGCUCGCUCGGACGCAGUGCAAACUUCACUCCGUGGACGCGCAAGAGUCCGCGAAGAACUUGCCCACUACGUUUCACUCGAUCGUGAAGCUGUUCGCCACGCCUCACGAGGGUGUCGCGACGGAAGUCGCCGAGUCGUUGGUAUUGCUCAUUCGCUCAUGCAUUGAUUCGGCUAUGGUGCAGGACGGCAUCAAGGCCAUCGCUCAGGCUCGCGCAUCGGGAAAAUCGUCCGCGCCGAAACCGACAGUCAUCAUGUCGGUGGCAUCGAGCAUUGAAGCCGCACUCGGUUUCCGUUAUCGCGGCUCCUGGCCCGUGACCAUCCCCGUGGCGACGGUGGCGUUCACCCGCCUUGGGCCGGCAUCCGGACCGAUCCUCGCGGGUACGCUCAACGCGCUCGGCGAGAUGGGCGAGCACGCGAGCGAGAUGAUGUGUAGGCAACAACUGCAAGACUGCAUCACGGCUGCGAUUCAGGCCAUGGGCCCCGAGCAGGUGCUUCAGUCACUGCCGCUGAAGCUCGAGGAGGCCAUCGACGCCGAGCUGUCGAACCGCACAGACGACGGCAUGGAUGUAGACGACGAGCAAGACGUUAUGGAUGCGGCAAGUCAAGAGACCGGACGUCUCUGGCUUGUUCCACUCCUCCGAGCCGGUUUGGUCGGGGCGAACAUGUCCUUCUUUGCGGAUGCCAUUUUGCCGCAGGCCCGCGCGCUCGGCGCGCGAGCAGAGCGCGCAAGAGAAGCCAAGCACGCGUACGAGGCGCAGCGUUGCGGUGCGGCGGAGCACGCGCUGUGGAGUCUGUUCCCAGCGUUCGCUAACUGGCCGAGCGAUGCCGCCGAGGCGUUCCCAGCGGUCGCAAAAGACUUGGGGAACGCUCUGAGCUCAAGAAUCGAUUUACAAGUCAUCAUAUGCGAGGGAUUGAAGCGUUUGAUUCGUCAAGGUCGAAUCGGUGCCGGUGUGUACGAAGUCGAUGACGACGAUGAUGCGGACGACGGUGCUUCGACGAUAGCCGCGGGUGAGCCGAACGAUGAUCGCAUGCCAGCCACGUUCACGGUGGACGUCGCCGAGGCGCAGCUCGCAGCCGUGGGGAAGUACUCGCGAAAUUUCUUGCCCAUUCUCUUCAACCUUUUCGUCGCCUCACCAACGUCUCGACGAGGCGAGCUGUCGCACACCAUCGGUGCUUUCGCCAAAGUCACAGAUCAAGCGCAGCUUGGCGGAUUCUUCCGCACCGUCUUGCGCAAGCUCGUGAAAGUGACGGCGGAUGAUCCUGGCGCUCCAGAUGCGUUGAUUGAGGGUGGCGACGACAAGACGGCAAGACGGUGCACUUUCAUGGACCUCGUCUUCGCCAUGGUAGCCGGUUUAGAUGAACAGGGAUUAGAGAUGGUCUACAAGAUUGCCAAGCCGGCGUGCUUAGAAAAGGAGAGCGUGAUUCAAAAGCGCGCGUACAAGUUGCUGAAUGAACUCUGCGAGGCACAAGACGGGAAAUGGCUUCGGGAGCGCGCGGACGAGGUCGAGGAGCUUCUCAUCUCCGGAGUCGAAUCGUGCUUGCCCUCAGCGCGACGCUAUCGCUUGAAGGUUAUCGGUAGAAUUUUACCCGCGCUUCAAGAGCGAGACUCGACGGCGGACGAGGAAGAUGGUGGCGAUGGCUCUGGAAACAUCGUCGGUGCCGGAUCGCUCACCGUGCUGCUCUCCGAGCUCAUCCUUGCCACAAAAGAGGCGAAUGCGCGCACGCGCACGCUCGCGUAUCAGCUGUUGAUCAGCAUUCCUCGCUCGAUCGAACGGAAGAACGCGGAGGCGGCAAGAGGUACGCAGCGCUCAGGUGACGCCGGCGUCGCCGCCUGGCUCGGCGCCCCGAGCGUCGAUGACGACGAGCACAUGGAGACAGAGCAGAUGGGUGCCGGCGUGAGGCGAUUCUUCCUGACCGUCCUUGCCGGUAUCGUCGGUUCUUCGCCGACGAUGCAAUCGGCGACGAUAAUGGCGCUCGCACGUUUGCUCUACGAAUUCUCUUCCGCGCUCGUCUCCACGGUCCCGGAGCUGUUGCCUGCGGUGUGCGCGUUACUUGAAGGGAAGUCUCGCGAGGUGGUCAAGUCGUGCCUCGGUUUCGUGAAGGUAGUCGCCGUGCGUCUCCCGCAACAAGAGCUCGCCGCGGAGCUUCCGCGAUUAGUACCCGCGCUCUUGCACUGGUCCCACGAUUCGAAGAAUCGUUUCAAGCUGAAGGUGCGAGUCUGUAUGGAGCGCAUGUGCAAGCGAUGCGGCUACGAUGUGGUUGAGGCGUGCGUGCCGAAAGAACACGCCGCGCUCAUCGCUCACAUCAAGCGCGAGGAAACGCGUUCAGAGAAGCGUAAGAAGUCCUCGGUCGCUGGGAGUGAACACGGCGCUAAGUCAACUCGCACCGCGAGGCGUUCUGAGUGGCGUGAAGACGACGUUUUCAGCGACGACGACAUGGAGAGUGACGAAACGCGUUCACGCAGAACUGGUCGCAGCGGGGGACGUGACAACGCCUCGUUUGCCGCAAAGUCGCGACGGGGCGGUGGCGAGGGUCCUCGCUCGGCUAGGGACGCGGCAUCGAAGCGCGCCACGGGUGGCGCGCGACUUCCGGCGACGGGAGACACUCCACUCGAUCUCUUGGACGACAGCGCCAUGCGCCGCUCGAUGCUGCCGCAAGGCGAGCGUCGGCGCGUCAAGUUCGAAGACGAUGAUGAUGAUGGAAAAUAUCGAUCCAACUCGGAUGGAAAGCUCAUGAUUGUUGAGGAGAGUGAGGGUGCUAAACGUCGACGCGAGGAGGAAGAGGACGAUGAUGGUCGCUCUCGACGAACAUCCAAAACGAGCCGUUCGCACGGCGGCGCAACCGUGCGCACCAACGCGACCAACAGAACGUCUGGAACGCAAAACUCCAGAGGGGUCAAGCGUCAACGAAACACGCUCGAGCGUCAUAGCGCCGAUCUCUAUAAAGCGAAGGGGAAAACUACCGGCGAUGUGUACUCCAAGCAGAGCAAGUUGGAGCCGUAUGCGUACUGGCAGCUUGAUCCCAAGCUUUUGAACCGACGCAACAGCAAAAAAGUUGCUGCUCGACAAAACCUGGGCGGCGUCGUCAAAUCCGCAAAGGCGGCGGGUAUCAUGCGAGGGAAGAAAGCCAAGAGAACUCCAGCGUGA